AUGGUGUGCAACCUCUGCAACAACGGCGUCAACAUCGUAUUGGACUUCGACAAGGAUGCCGCCUUCCGCAUGGCUGCCCUCCAGAGCCCCGCCGGCCGCGCCCUCCUCGCGCGCUGCGGCCGCUCCCCGGAUGACAUAUCCUCGAUCGUGCUCGUGGAAAAAAGCGGCUGCUACCUAAAGUCCGAGGCGGUGCGCCGCAUCGGCGCUCGGCUGGGGGUGCCGUUUCCGCUGCUGGCGGCGCUCGCGGAGCCGUUCCCGCUGCCGAUCCGGGACUUUCUAUAUGACCAGGUGGCCAGCAACCGCUACAACAUCUUUGGCCGCAGCGACGCCUGCCGCCUGGCCGACUCCGGGGCCUUCGCCAGCCGCUUCAUCACAGAGUGA